AUCCACUUCUUUGUAUUUUCUGGUCAAGAUAGAGCUUAUUUACCACCCAAGCAAUUAUAUUAUAAAGCAAAAAGACUCUCUAAACUCACAAAGUAUCCUUGGAGAAUGUUAGCCUUAUCUCGCUUUUUGAAUUUAUUCAUUUAUUGUAAAACAAAAGGACUUUCUAAACUUAAUCUGGCAAAUUAUACUCGGAGGAUGAUAGUGUUAUCUUGCCGAUGAAAAAGGCUUAUUAACCAAUGCCAGAAUGUGUAAUUCGUAGAUUUACGGAAUCAGACAACUAAGUACGAGAGUUUCAAAUAUUUAGAUUGUAGUUUAUGAUUGAAAUAUAGUUUAAAAAAUAGCAUGUAGUUUUUGCAUGUUUUCAUUACUCAUAAAGACUCUCUCUAAACUCACUCUCACAAAGUAUCCUCGGAGAAUGUUAGCCUUAUCUUGCUUAUUAGAUUUAUUUAUUUACAUUAUCACGAAGGGUCAUCAUUUCAGCAUGAGUGGAAAGGGCCGAUCUCCCCACAAGAAGAAAUACCGGCGCACGAAGAGGACUUACAAACACCCCAACCCUCUCUUCGAAAAAUGGCUCAGGGAGUGGCAGGACGAGGCCGAACGGAAACACUCCAACAUGAAGUACAAUUUCCAGAGAGCAAGGAAGUCCCUGAAACUAUUCCCACUUCCUCUGUAUAGUGGGAAAGAUUGCAAGGUUCUAGCUCACUUUGGUGAUAAGAUCUGCCAGUUGAUUGACCAGCGUCUGGAAGAAUACCAACAGGAAAAUGGACCCGUUAAUUGGGAUGAAGUUCAUCAGGUGCAAGAAGAGCCUCAGGUUAAGAAAAGAGGUAGACCUAGAAAAAACUCCACCAAUGGUAAUCUGAAUCAUAGUACUGAGACAGAAUAUAGACUAUCAGAGGCCUCUGCUAGUUCUGAGGUUCAGCAGAAAAAGGGGAAAAGUCCCAGUGGGAAAAAAGGACGAGCAUAUGUACCUGCGCCAAGAUCUGGGGCUUAUGGUCUCCUCAUGGCUCUCUAUAAUGCCUCCAUGGAAGAUGAUUAUCCAGGUUAUAUGGGAAGGAAGGAAUUGAUAGAAGCUGCCGCACCUCUGUGCGAUGUCUCUUUCACCCACUCAGCUGAAGGGUCACAUUACACUGCCUGGUCCUCCAUGGGUACCUUGGUCAAGAAGGAGCUAGUGCGUAAAGAGGGUAAUCCAGGAAGAUACAUCCUAACAUCAGAAGGAAAAGCAUUAGGAGCCAAGAUCUCACAAGUUGAAGAUGGUUGUGUCAUUAGCUCUCCAAGGAAAAGUCCCCAGGCCACACAGUCAAGUGAAGAAGUCAUAGUUUUAUCAUCUAGGAGUUGUAGUCCUGUCAACCAGGAAGAGGACUUCACCAGCCAUACUUUUCAGAGUUUCAAAGGAGUGUGUGAUAGUGUGAACACAGAACCUAGUGGGAAGGUCAGUAAGGUCAGUACAGAUCCUGAGGCAGAAUUGACAGUUCCUGUUAAGAGGAAAGGGCCUGAGAUUGAAAGCAAGAGAGCCAAAAAGGUCAGUAGGAGUGUGACGUCACCUGUGAAGAACACAUUCAUUGAAGAUGGUCAUUUAAGUUCUCCAGAAAACUUUGUAUUUAGCUACAUUACAAGUUUGGAAGUGGAAACACCAAUGCGUGACCGUGCUGUUGUCAGUGUUGAGGAAGAUGGCUUUCUUGGUUAUUUGGUAAAAUGUCGUCAAUCUGCACUCUCAGCCUCUGGUCUUGUUUAUCGGCUGGAUGAUUACAGAACAGCUCCUCCUGGAUAUGUUUAUGCUUAUUUGUCCAAUGAGUGUGCUCCCACCAUGUGCCCAGGCCUUCUCUCCCCAACACGUCCCAAGUCUGCAACAAAUAUUUCUCAUUCCUCAGUGCCAGUUGGAAAAAUGCCGUUUGGCACCCAUUUCUCAGGAAACACAGAAAAGAAAUCUUCAACGGUAAAGAAGCAAACAACAGGAACAACUUCUAGUAAAGAGCUGAAUCAAGUACCCACAGUACUUCAGUCAGAGAGGCAGAAUGCAGUAGAUUCAUAUAUGACCAAGACUAAAACAAUUCAAGUGGCUAGAGACCCUCUGUAUUCUCUCUGUCCUGGCCAGUUUGACAUUGUAUUGUGCGUUGACAAUUGUGAAAUUACAGGAGGGUUCACAGGUGGUAAAAGCAGCACCAGAGAAAUCAUAAUCACAGAGCUAGAUAAACAUGGAAUCAAGUAUGAUGUACGAAAGCUUCAUGUAGGAGAUUUCUUAUGGGUGUGCCAGGAGAGUGUGCCGUUAAGUGGAGAGCAGCGAAGAGAACUUGUCCUGCCAUACAUUGUUGAACGUAAGAGGAUGGAUGACCUUGCUUCGAGUAUCAGAGAUGGUAGAUUCCGGGAACAAAAAUUUCGCCUUAAGCAAAGUGGUCUCUCCAAACCAAUUUAUCUGGUAGAAGAAUAUGGCAGCAAGCAUAUGAGCUUACCUGAAACCACAUGCCUGCAGGCUGUGGUCAACACACAUGUAGUUGAUGAGUUUACAGUGAAGAUCACAAAGGAUCAGCGCGAAUCAGCUGCCUAUCUAACAAUCAUGACACGGUGCCUCCAGAGCAUGUAUCAGGGUAAGCUCUUAAAAGCAAUAAGUAGAGAGCAUUUGAAAGAAGGUUUAGAAAAUCCCAUGACUCAAGAGGAAAUUGAAACAUCCUUGAUGACCUUCAGUGAAUUCAAUUCCUCGUCCGUCAAGAAUCGGCAACUUGAAGUGAGGGAAAUGUUUGCCAAACAUCUUCUGCAGAUUCAUGGUGUUAGUGUUGAUAAAGCUCGAGCAGUUGUGGACAAGUUUGGUACACCAAGACAACUGAUGGAGGCAUAUAAGAAUGUUACAAGCUCAGAGGUUGGGGAAAAUAUGUUGGCAAACCUAAAAUGUGGAAAAGCAGGUCGUAACCUUGGAACUGUGUUAAGUGCAACCAUUUACAGGAUGUACAGUAACAAAAUUUUAUGCUAAAAUUGUAAGCAGUACCUGUUUUUCUUUUUAUAGACAUUGAAUACUUUUAUCUGUGAUAUACCGAAUGUAUGUUGAAGAUUGUACAUUGUGCAUUGAUAAAUAGUUUAAAAUUGGAAUAUUUAAAGGGAGAAAUAUAUUUAUGUAAAGUAACUAAUAUGAAAUAUACAUUUUAUGUGAUGGUUUGUCUAGAUACAACAUGAAAACUUCACAAGAAGUUGGAUAUAUUAUUUUUUUAUUUGACUUAUCCAUCUGCUGAGGUCGCAUUACAAUGCAUGAUUCAGUUUCUCUGGCCACCUCUUAUGUUUGGUAAAAAGAAGUUUUUCCCAAAACUUUAUAUUUAGUAUAUUUAGUGAUAUAAAGUUGAUCUGAUAAGUAGUUUUGACUGCAUCCACUCCAAAUGAGCCCCUCCACACAACAUGAUUGAUUUUGGAAAAUGUGUGUGAAGCUUUCAUAUUGUUAGAAAAGGUACUUCAUCUCGUCAAGAUAAUCCCUAGCUUUGUCUCUCUCUCUCUCUCUCUCUCUCUCUCUCUCUCUCUCUCUCUCUCUCUCUCUCUCUCUCUCUCUCUCUCUCUCUCUCUCUCUCUCUCUCUCUCUCUCUCAUUCACUUCAAGAUAAAAAGUUGUGGUUGGCCAUCCCCUUUACCAUAAUGACAGAUCACUUGUAGCUUAAGAUGACAAACGUGAUUAAAACAUUAAAGAAAUUCCAUUCUCAUUGUGUACUUGUUAUUUUAUCAUUCAUUAACAUGAGUGAAAAGUAUUUACUAAGUGUAAGUGUCUGGAGAAGGAAAAAAUAAGAAAAAAACAAAAUCUC